CCCACACGGCCGCUGCUCGCGGCUCCAUCUCUGGCUUCCGACGUCCAGCACCGCCAGUCCAUCCCUGCCGCCGACGACCACCUCGCCAUCCUCGUUCCCCGCAGCCCGUCGCUGCCUCUAGACGAGCCGUCUCGCGCCCGCCCAGCCGCCCAUCGCUGCUGCUGCCGCCGCUGUUGCUGCUGCUGCGCGCGCUCCCGCUCCGUGCAGCCCCGCCGCGUGCCCCGCUCGCUCGCUGCUCGCUGCUUCCUGCGCCUGCCUAUCCUAUCCUAUCCUGCGCGCCACGCCCCGGAGCUACUCCAUCGCCGGCCCUCUUGGCCUGCCGCGGCGCCUGCGCCGUCUGUCCCUGCGCCCCUUGGCUGCGUGCCUCGCUCUCCGCCGCUAGGCGCCCCGCUCGCCCGGCAUGAUGUCCGCGCCCGCGCCGUAUCCGGCCGUGCAGUCGCACGCGCCGGCGCCCGACGAUGCGCAGAUCAUUAACAAGACGCCGUCGAUCUGCGUCGACUACCUCAGCCACAACUGGCGGGAAGAGGACGUGUGGAGCAGCUGGAAGGCCAUGACCAAGCGCAAGAACGAGAUCGCAAAUGGCGUGCGCCUGGAGAAUGCAGGCUGGCGGACAUGGGCCAAGCAGCGCGGCAAGCUGAAGACGAUCAGCCCCGAGACGCUCAACUGGCUGAAGGACAGCGACGUGACGUGGCUCUACGGCCCGCUGCACGAGCACGCUGAUCCGGUGCCGCCGCCCAAGAUUGCCUCGGCGCGCGAGCGUCUCGGCCUCGACGUGACGUCGCGCACGCGCUCCAUCCUCAAGCACCGCACCAUUUCGGAGAUGCUCACGACGCCCGGGCGGAGUGCCUCUGACAACAUGCCGCAGAGCAACGACGCCUCGCGGGAAGGGUCGGAUGAUGAGAAUGAGGCACAUGCGCAGGGCUCCAGCGACGGCGUGGGCACGCCGGGCGCCAGCGCGCGCAACUCGCCGACGGGCGGGCGCAGUGCGUCGCUCUUCUCGGUGCGCAGCGACACGAACCUCGUGGCGCGCAAGAGCAAGACGGGCGGCAGCCCGCCGGCGAGCGUGCGCCUGCUCAACCAUCCGUCGCUAGAGCGCGCGGACAGCGGGCAGACGGAGGAGCGGCGGCACAUCAGCUUCAACCAGCGCGUCGACCAGUGCAUCUCGAUUGACGUGCCGGAGGAGGACGAGGACGAUGACGACGACGAGGAUGAUGACUACUCGGACGACGACUACGGCGGCGCCUCGUCGUCGUCCUCGUCGCGCGGCGCCAACGGGCGCAGCUCGGACCCCGACACGGCGGAGUCCGACGACGAGGUGCUGACGAUGAAGUCGAGCCCGCGCGCCAGCGCCACGUGGCCGUUGCCGAUGGUCUCGAGCCGCGGCUCCAGCCCGGGCCUCGAGCACCACACCAUUGCCAAGCUGGCGCCGACGAUGCUCAAGACGAGCGACGUGUACCCGCUGCCCUCUGCGCCCGUCGUGGACCCCACGGGCUUCUCCUCGAGCUGGAAGUCCGGCACGCCUUCGCGCGUCUCGAGCCAGCCGAUCAACAGCUACGGCGGCACGUACGACCCGUCGCAGGGCGCAGGCGGCGGCGACGACUCGGCCACGCGCUACAGCCAGUGGGACGCUGACGAUGACUUUGGCGGCGAGUUCGACUACUUCAACGGACCCGACGUCGCCAACGCGUACAGCGCCGCCGCCUCAGACGGCUACUCGCCGCCCAACACGUCCGCCGCCGACGCAGAGGCGGCGCACGCCAACGUCAAGCGCCUCGCAGCCGCGGCGGCUGCGCGCAAUGGCGGCGCGCCGGUCACGCAUGUCUCGCCGCCGCUCGAGACGCAGGCAGACGAGAUCCUCGGCACGUCGCCAUCGGCGUCCGGCACCUCGCCGGCGGCGCCUAAGUCCAUCCUGAAGAGACGCAGCGCGCCGGCAUUCGACGACGAUGGCACAGCAGAGGACGCAUCAGUAGACUCGAGCUCGGUUGCCGGCGCUGCCGCCUCGGGCGGCUCUUCCGACGCCGCAUCCAGCUCGCCGGAGCUGCGCGGCGGCAGCGGGCCGGCGUCGCCCAAGACGGGCCGCGGCCGCCCGGCGCAGCGCCUGGGCAGCUCUGCCAGCUAUGAGCGCAUUCAGGACGCCACGCGGGGCUCAUGCGGCCCGCCUGGCUCGGGCAGCGGGCGCUCGCGCACCAGCUCGAACAACUCGGCCGGCAGCGCCGCGGGCACCAGCCCGACGGCGACGUUUGACGCCAGCGCACAGCCCGUGGCCGUGCCCGGCUCGCAGCGCUCGUCGGAGCGGCGCGAUUCGUUUCGCGGCCGCGCCGGCGACGGCUCGCGCGCCAUGGGCUCGUCCGGAUCGUACGCGCAGGCGGCGGCUCGGUUAGGCCAGGGCUCUGCCGCGGCCGAGGGCUACGGCUCCGACUCGGACGGGCGCGCAUCGCUCGACUUUGCCAGCCCGACGUACCCGGCCAGCCCGCAGCUCGGCGACAAGGACGGCUCGGACGAGCGCGACUCGACGCUGUACGGCGCGUGGGCCGACGAGGCGCCGUCGUCGAGCCGCCGCACGAGCAAGUCGCCGUCGAAGAGCAAGGCCGGCAAGGCGCAGCCUGCCGCUGAGGAGGAGCCGCGGCUGAGCCUCGAUGUCGACAACUUGCCGAGCAACAACCCCAACCUCAGCCCGCCGUCCAACCCGGGUGGCCCGACGCCGCUCAACACGCCGACGCUGGCACUGGCCAAGGCGCGCGGCCGCCGUCGCGGCGGCUCCAAGGACAGCGGCGACAGCGGCGCCGGCGCGCCGUCGAGCCCGACGGUGCCGCGGCGCACGUCGGCCACCGGCGCGCUGGUGGCGCCCAGCGGCGCAGACCGCGAGGCGGGCGUGCGCGUGCCGCUGGCGCACGACUAUGUCGAGGAGGACGAGGGCGGCAUCGUGGGCCGCGCCGUCGAGAUGGUCAACACGGCGCGCGACCUCAUCGGCGCGCUCUGGGGCGGCGGCGACCGCGGCGCCAGCUGGCGCCAAGGAUAGCAGUCGGUCUGGCCGUGCCUCUUCUCCGCCCUCCACGCAGUCUUUCUGGAUCGCAGUCAGUCUCUGAUGCGCCUUGAGGCCUCGCCUGCCUCUUCCUGUGCGCAUGCACCCUUCCCUCCUGCGCUCCCCUUCGCAUGCGCGUCCUCUGCCGCCUCUGGUUCCUCAUCAUGUCAUCUCCCACCUGCCCCUGUGCCGCUCAGUCUUCGCAUCUCGUCCCCCUUCUACUCUCCUCGCGCGCAAGGGCUCUGCACACUGCGGCUCGUCUCACUUCGCCGUUCUUCCCCUCUUGCGCGCACUACACGUCUCGGCAUCGCUCUCAGGCCCCCACCCUCUGAAUGUGUCUCCAUACAGCGACGGUGCGCCUCAGUUCUGGGCCCUUCCCUUUGCAUCUUUCAAAUCACAUGCGCGCGCGCCUUGUACCCAG